GGUAUAGAUUUAAUAGUUGCCGGCGGAUGCUUGCGACGGUAGAUAAAAGUUGUCGUGUUUUCGUUCGCUGAUUUUAUAUUAUAAAAAUUUUAUUUUACAAUAAAAAUAAUGAUAAACAUUUAUAUUUCGUAUUACGUAGUAAAUAUUCGAAAAUUUUAAUGCGAAUAUAAAUGUAAAAUGUAUAUAAGGAUCAGAACCAGUAAAGUGCAUACAAUGCAUACAAAUGCAAUAUUAAUUUCAGUAUUAUUGUCACGUCACAUCAAGGAUCAUGCAGCGAAGUAAACAUUUUCGUGAUUAUGGUGAACUCUUCAUUUACCAUUAAGAAUAUAGAAAAAGAUCUAUUUCUAUUAACUUCUCUCAUGAAAUAAAUCCGUAUACCUGAAUGGAUAAAAUUGGAUGAUCAUAAAUCAAUCACUAUGAAACGAUUGAUUAGCAUAAUGUGUAAACAUUUUAAUAUGAUAAUUAUAAACAAGCAAAACGCAAUGAUUUUAUAUAAUCAUUAAAUAAUCAAUAAACGACUAUUUAUUGUACAAGGAGAAACAAUAAAUAUUAUCAAAUGCAGUGCAGAUUAUACGCAAUGCUUAUCUCUUUAUUAAGAUAAUCAACUCUUUUAUUUAAUAUCAUGGUUCAGCAACGAUUUCCAAGUUUUGAUGGUGGACGAAGUGGACGCCGUUUCGUCAUAACUCUCUCAGCUGGCACAGUCAUUGGCUUUUUAACAGCGUGCCUUCUUUUCUCUUCUGCUGGAGAAAUAUCUAAUAUAUUUACACGAAUUCCUGGGAGUUCUGCUUUGAUAAGGGAUCCGCAUCAUUAUUCAGAACUCGAGCCAGAGGUAGGGCCUGAUGUAGAAGUAAAAUUUCAUAGUGAUAAUGAAGAUUUUCAUAAAGGAGAAGAUAAGGUAGCACAAAUAUUAGCUAAGAAAGUUCGUGUUCUUUGUUGGAUUAUGACCGGCCCAAAAAAUCAUCAAAGCAAGGCUCGGCAUGUAAAAGCCACAUGGGGAAAGCGCUGUAAUAUUCUUUUAUUCAUGAGUUCUGCAGAAGAUCUAAGUUUACCCACCGUAGUACUGCCAGUAAAAGAGGGCAGAGAUAAUCUGUGGGCUAAAACCAAAGAAGCAUUUAAAUAUGCUUAUGAAAAGUACAAAGAUCAAGUAGAUUGGUUCAUGAAGGCUGACGAUGACACGUACGUUGUGGUUGAAAAUCUACGUUACAUGCUAUCGUCUUACAACCCAAGUAUGCCAUUGUAUUUUGGAUGUAGAUUUAAACCUUUUGUAAAGCAAGGAUAUAUGAGCGGAGGUGCUGGAUACGUAGUUAGCAAAGAAGGUCUUCGUAAAUUUGUAACUGAAGGUCUUCCUGACAAAACCAAGUGUCGUGCUGAUAAUGGUGGUGCAGAGGAUGUUGAAAUGGGAAAGUGUCUAGAAAAAAUUGGUGUUCGCGCGAUGGAUACUAGAGACUCGCAUGGUCGUGGAAGGUUCUUUCCAUUUGUGCCAGAGCAUCAUUUGAUACCUAAUCAUGUGGAUAAAAAUUUUUGGUACUGGAAAUACAUCUAUUAUGACACCAAAGAUGGACUCGAUUGUUGUUCUGAUAGUGCGAUAUCAUUUCAUUAUGUUUCGCCGAAUAUGAUGUAUGUUCUUGAAUAUUUAAUAUAUCACUUAAGACCAUAUGGCAUUAACCAUGGCUUGAAGAAUCCUUUGCCAGAGAUGCCAUCUACGUUGACCGAAUACUAGUCUAUAUUUUGUCAAAAUUAGAAUGUAUAGAAAAAGAAAUAUGUACAUACAUAUAUAUGUAUGUAUGUAUGUAUGUAUGUAUGUGUGUGUGUGUGUGUGUGUGUGUGUGUGUGUGUAUAUAUAUAUAUAUAUAUAUAUAUAUAUAUAUAUAUAUAUAUAUAUAUAUAUAUAUAAAACAUGUUUCUUUUUCCCAUGUGCAUUGCUAGUCUGUUCCAAUCAUCAAUUUGAACAAGUUGAUAGCAUGAAUAGUAUAGAAUAUUAUAUAGAAUAUAAAAACAUGUGAUAAAUUAUACUUCGUCAUAUUAACACGUUUAUACGAAUGUAAUUUCAAUAUCAGGAAAUUGUAGUCCUAUUAAAAUUUAUAGUUGUACAAGAUGCAAUGACGUGUUGCUCUUUACUACGUUAAAUGAAUAAAAUUCACAUAUAUCUCUUUCUAUUUUGGUUUGUUCUAUUCUGUUUUUAUUAGCCAUUGUAAAUUGUUAAAUACGUAUACGUUGUUGCAUCACGUAUAACCAUAUAAGAGAAGGCUGCAAACACAAUGAAUAGAAAUAGAGAUGAGGCUAUUAACCAAAUAAAAAGGGAAAUAUGCUUUGUAUGAAAGUAUUACUAGUAAGCACGAUUUAGGAGACUAGACUAUAGAGCAAUUAAGAGAUUGGUGAUCUCAACAAAGUAUCAUAAAAACUUUCUAUAAAAGCACAACUUAAUAGAUUAGUGCCACAAUACACCAUUGCUGUGAAUGCUUGCUUGUUGCUAGUCGCAUUACUGUGCUUCAUGUUCUAGUCUCAUUGUUAACCUCAUCACUAUCAAUUUUAUUAUGUUUGCUGCCUUGGAUUAUGUCCAAUGUGCAAAUAAACAACGUGUACACAUAUAUCCACACAAUAUCAUGCUAAAAUAACAAAGUAAAUAUACAAAAAUCAUUUAAAAAUUGAAAAUUACUAUUUGCAUAUGUGCAGCUUACGCUGGUGAUAGGAAAAUAAAAUAAAUUUAUUAUAGGCUCCAACUCAGAGGUCACUCUAAAUUAAAAAAUAUUAUAAUUUUUGAUUUAUAAUUUUUGAUUGACAGGAAGAAUCGCAUGUACAGGAUACACACGUACAUUUUGGUUGUUUAUACAUUGAACAUAGUAUAAGAAUGAGGAUAGGUAUAUAUUGCAAGCAUAGCAGAAAUUUGCUAAUCCUUCAGUCCAAAAUUUUAUUCAAGUUGGUACACUCUUAGGGAUCAUUUUAAGCGUACCAUAUUGUUACAUAACAUGGUAACAUAUUGUAAUUAUUAUCUAACGUAUGAACUGAAAGAUGAUGUAUACCUAAUGUGAAUAUACAUGCCGUAAAGAAAUAAAACCUUGUUUUUAAUGAUAACACUAUCCUUGUGUGUAAAAAAUAACUCACUCAAGAUAUAGGCACCUUUCUAGAAGCUCAUUAAUCAUUUAUGUAUUACAUCGGAUAAUAUGAAAAAAAAGCUUGCGAACAUCUUUUAUACAAUUUUUCAUAGAUUGUGUAAUAUUUUGGUCACCGAUAUGUUAUCACAUGUACUUGCGCACACAACUUAUGAAUAUCAGUACAAUAAUUAAACUUUACAACAUUAGAGAACAUUUAACAAGGCACGCUUCCACUAUGCUUGCUAUAUAAAUUUAAAACACGUAUAUUGAAUAUAUAUAUAAUAUAUAUAUAUAUAUAUAUAUGUAUGUAUGUAUGUAUAGAUAUAUACACAUAAAACUAUAUUUCGUAAUAUAAUAAUAAUAAUAAUAAUUAAUAAUAAUAAUAAUAAUAAUAAUAAUAAUAAUAAUAAAAUAAUCCCAAUAAUGACAUUGCUACCCAGGUAAUAAAUACUAUAGAUACAGUGUGAGUGUGGGCGUGAGUAAAUUAACCAAUUAGUUAGGGAGUAGGGUUUCUAUGUACAAGUCAUAUUUGUACUAUGCGACUGACGCAAUUGGCCACCAUGGCUCCACUCAAACGAGCCCCAUAUUCUCUCUUUGUCUUUUUAGCUGCAAAAGAAGACACUCUCUCGCAUUCUCUCUUUCGUUCACGCAAUCAUACAUACAUACAUACGCGCGCGCGCAAAUCACAUACACACAUUUCUUUAUGUUCGUAAACAUUCUUUUUCUCCCCCUCUCAUUCAAUUAUCUAAUCUCGGCGAUAUCUCACUUCAUAAAUUAUUUAAAAACAA